GCUUCUAACACACAAGAUAUCGCUAUAUAUCGUUAUUUCUGCGAUACUUCACCUUAAAGGAAAAUGGCGUCCCGGAGCCAUGUGGAUGUCAAUGAAAGACGUUUAAGACCAAUUUACGGUUAGAAAAUACAAUUUUUGACAGUGAUUUGAAUCGAAAACCCCCUUAUUUUGAAUUCAUUAAUUUAUUCUGCCCAAGCAUCCAAAAUAAAAUUUGAUAAAUAUUCAUUAAAAUUAAAGCGAUUGACAUGCCCCUCCUAAUCCAAACUUCUGACUAAACAAAAUCAAAUCAGGAGGAUUCCCUGUCAGUGUUAUAUUACUAUUUGCCAAUAAUAAAUUUAAUAUACUAAAAUCAUUUCAUCACCAGGUCUUUAAAUUUUCUCAUUUAAGUCAUUGUCAUUAUGAGCAGUAGUGCCGUAUUACAUGUCAGUCUAUAAUUUUAAAAAUUAAACAGUAUUUUAGUUCAGUGAUCAGUGUCUAGAGCAACUUUGCCAUUGAUAUUGAUUGAACCUUAACUGUCCUUAACCUACCUUUUUCCCUUUGCCUUUACCUACUUAUUAACUUAUACUUGACUUAACUUAUAACUCACUAAGUAAAGUUACUUAGCUUAGACUUCAUAUACUACAGUCUAUACAUAAGUAAGUCAUCGUCAUAAGUACUUAUCGGUCCAGUCCUUAAUAAUUUAUAACUAUAACGUACAAGUUUUUAAUUUUUAGUUUACUUUUCAACAAAAAAUAAUAAUUUAUACAUCUAAUACUAGUAGUAGAAAUAAUUAAUUCAACUUAAUUUUUCAAAUCAUCUGACAUACAUGAAGACUCAAAGAGCAUAAUAAAUAACAUCAUUGAAUUGGUCUAAUGAUUGGAUGUGAUUGGAAAGACCAGGCUUUGACUUUCAGCUUUUAUUGCUAGUUAGCCCUAAAUUAGGAAAUAAGAUUAAUACUAAUACCAAUAGUAGCGCCAAUACAAAAAUAAGCAGUCAGGCCUAGGUCUUUUCAAUUUUAAACAGUAAAUUACACUGUCAACAUUAACAUUAAUUUCAUCAACACAAUUUUUGACACCCCCCCCCCCUCCUCUCUUUGUCAACAACUGUCAAAGUCAAACUUUCAAUGACCUCCCCUAAGUAAUUAUGUCAACAUUUCUUUUGGUAGUUAGCCAAUCAAAUCAAAUAAAAAACAUGAGCUUUAAAAAUCCGCUUCCAAUGAGGCUAGCGAAGUAUUGCCCCGUAACCGUUCAUUAUUGAUAAUUUAUUGGUAGUUUACUACCAAUAGCUCCCCGCCCUAACUAGAAGCUACAAUUUUAAUAGAGAAAACAUGAUUGUUGGCCUCAACUAAUCUUUAAAAAAAACUCUCCCCCUUGUCAACAAUUGUCAAACAUUGCCACACACAUGCGCACACACACAACCCCCCCCCCCCCCCCCCCCCCAAUUUUGUUGACAUAAUUAAUGGAUGACCCCAUGGUAUAUUUUUUACAAUUAUAUAUAAAAGUAAAAGGCCAUUCAACAUAGAAUUUACUAAGUAAUUUACUGAAUAAUGUACAACUUUCUGUCUCCCUGCUGGACCUAAUGUUUAAUACACAUUGUCAAUUAUCAUGAGACUAAUGUAAAUUAAAAAAAUAACUUGCACUAUCACUAGGUAUGACAUGACAUACUGUCUAUAUCACCCCAUGUGUUUUCUUUAAGGCCUAACUUAUUCUUUUUAUUGCAUCUAUUGCUGAAGCUCACUUCUAAUUUCUGAAUAAUAUAGACAUACUCAUAUUAGACAUACUCAUAUUCACAAUUUACCUUAACUUAAACUCAUUGUCAAUUAUAUGGUGUUUAAAGAAUAAUACAUUUUUAUUAAAGUGUUAUAUAAUAUUAUGUAUGUAAUACAUUUAUUUUCUUCAGAUUGUCUAGAUAAUGGCAACAACAAAAAGGCCAUUCAAGAGGCUGACAAGGUUUUAAAAAAACAGAAGGAACUUACAUGCGCCAAAGUAUGUAACAGUUGAUGCUAGUUUAUUGUUAUUAAAAGAAUUAUUAAUAUUUUAAUUAUUUGUAGAAACUUCUAUAAAUAAUGUCUUGAUGUUUAAAAUUCCUGACUGGAACCUAAUGUAAGUUUGGAAAUCAUUCUCAAAUAACUAUUUUUGUAAAUGACAUGUUCAUUCUUUUUUUGUGUAUUUAAAAUGAGGUUUCAGAAUCUGUUCUUAUUGGUAGGUCUUGAAGGCCCUCGCCCUGCUUAGAAUGGGACGUCAUAGUGAAGGAAGUUCGCUACUAGAAACUAUACAUCAGUCUGAGCCAACAGAGGAGCAGACUUUAAAUGCCAUGUCUAUUUGUUACAAGGAAACACAGCAGUGUAAGAUCAAUGGCGCUUCAAAUCUUUUUAAAGUAUUUUAUAAUGUAUAGCUUACUGUAUAUUUUGGGGGGCUCUCGUAAUCUCAUUCUUGCUGGUUCCCUAAUUUUAUUUUUAAUUAAUUGUUUUUAGGUUCCUGAAUGUCAAUUCAUGUCAUCCUAUAAGAGUAUAGACAUAUGCAUGGGUCAGCAGUUUUCUGAAGAGCCAUUUCUUUAAUUAUAUCUACUAAGGAGUCCCAGGCAGGGUGGAUUGUUCAAGGGCAGUGGCAUCUUGUAAAAGUUAAAACACUAACACUUAUGCUUGGCAUAUGAUGUAUUUUUAAAAUACUACACAAUAUUUAACUGACUAUAUAAUAUCUAAUUAUAAAUAUCUUUUUAAGAUAAAAAAAGAGAGCAGUUUAAACACAUUCAGCGCUUAAGCAUUGAAAUAAAAACCAUCUGCACAACUAGCAUAUUCAUGACCACACAACUCAGCUGCAAGAUUCAGGAAUCAAUCCAUUUAUAAUAAGUGAUGUCUUCUUUUUUUUUUUCAAAAUGAGGUUGAGAUUGGAGUUGCUUAGAAUCUUGAGUUUGUUACUGCUGUGGUCAAUGCAGGCACUCAUCACGGUCAUGUGCUUUCCUUUCCAAUUGCUUCCAGGUGUAUCCCAUAUUUUGUGUGUCUGCCUCUAGCUCACGUCUCCAUGUAUUCUUAUGCCUUCCUCUCUUUCUUUUUCCCUGUGGGUUCCAUGUUAGGCAUUGUCUGGUGGUGCUAUCUGGGGGUUUUCGGAGCAUAUGCCCUAUCCACCUCCAUCUUUUCUUUAUGAUAUCAUCAAUGGGCACCUGGUAUGUCCUUUCUAGUAGAUCUUUGAUGGUGAUAGUAUUUGGACAUUUGAUUUUCAGGAUCUUUCCAAGACAUGUGUUUAUGAAUGUCUGCAAUUUCUGCAUAAGGCUCACUGUUGUUUUCCAAGUUUCUGUACCUAAUAGUAGGACUGUUUUGACAUUUGUAUUAAAGAUUCUGACUUUGGUUUGCAGUUUCAGCUCCUUCGACUCCCAUAUUUUCUUUAAUAGCAGAAAUGCUGAUCUAGCUUUUCCAAUUCUGGCCUUUAUGUAGCAUCGCAUCCCCAUUUGUGUCUAUGGUGCUGCCUAAGUAAUGGAAGGACUCUACUUCUUCCAGUGCCUUUCCUGCUAGACAAAUAUGCUUUUGUUUGGAUGAGUUUACCUUCAUGAUUUUUGUCUUGCUUUUAUUUAUAUUGAGUCCAAGCUGUGCUGAAAUGGUGGCAACAUCUUUUGUCUUUUCCUGCAUUUGUUGCUGGUUGUGGGACAGAAGUGCAAUGUUGUCUGCAAAGUCUAAAUCAUUCAGUUGUUCCCAGAGUGUCCACUGUAUCCCAUUCCUCUUUUUGUCUGUGGAUUUUUUCAUUAUCCAGUCAAUGGCAAGGAUGAAUAGAAAUGGGGAAAAAAAGGCAUCCUUGUCUGACUCCUGUUUCGACUGUAAAGGAAUCUGUGAGUUUACCUUCGUGGACCACCCUGCAUGUCAUUUCUUCAUAAGAGCUCUGAAUGAUCAUGACUAGUUUCCCUGGUACUCCAUAGUGCUGAAGAAGUUUCCACAAGGUUUGCCGGUCCAGGCUAUCAAAGGCCUUUUCGUAGUCUAUAAAAUUUAUAUAUAGCAGGAGUUCCAUUCGAUGGACUGUUCUCCAAUGAUUCUUAGUAUUUCAAUUUCAUCUGUGCAUGAUUGGUUUUGGCGGAAGCCAGCCUGUUGAUCUCGUAGCUUCAUGUCAACCUGGUCUCUCAUUCUAUUCAAAAUAAUUAUGUUAAAGAUUUUUCCUGGUACAGACAGCAGUGUGAUUCCCCUGUAAUUUCCACAGUUGCUGAGAUCCCCUUUCUUUGGUAUCUUGAUGAGGUAUCCUUCUUUCCAAUCUUUUUUAACUCUCUCUUCUUCCCAUAUUUUUUCAAACAGAGGGUGCAGCAUGUUAACUAUUGUAUCUAUAUCAGCUCUCAUCAUCUCUCCUAAAUUUAAAUAGGUGUAAUGAAAAAUGCUGCAUUUAUUCGAUUAAAUAGCUCUUGAGCGGGUUACUGACCACUGGACUAAUGCAUCCAGAAAUGGAUAAAGUUAAAGGAUUUAUUUAGCUUUUGAGGCUAAGAAAAUAUUAAACAAUGAAAAAGGCCUUAUUUUUGCAUAUCACACACUAAUAUAUGAAUGAUAUAAGAGGAAAUGCAUCAAAACUUAUAGAUUCUUGAGUGAAAUCAUAUAGAAUCAUGCCACCAUGGAAGUCUCUAGGUCACAUCAGGUUGCAUAUGACAGAAAUGAGUUUUUGCUUUUGGAAAAAAAUGAUUUUAAAUGAAAAUGGUGUGGUCAAGAAAACAAAUUAUACAGUUCAACUAGGUUAAGCUUAACGUUAAAGGUAAUUAAGUGAAUACAAAUUUUGUCUGUUUCUUUAGAUGAAAAAAUUGCCAGCCUGUAUGAAGCAGCCAGCAAGCAUCAACCCAACAAUGAAGAUAUUUUGUCUUGUUUGUUUAUGGCUCAUGUUAGACUUGGCAACUACCAGCAGCAGCAAAGAACUGCCAUGUCUCUUCACAAGCUGCGUCCCAACAAGAAUCCUUAUUACUUUUGGGCAGUUAUGAGCAUUGUUAUGCAGGUUAGUUAUGCAAAGGAAACAGUUUACAAGUACAUGGUGAGAGCAUAUGGAUAUUAAAGAAAGUUUGUAAAAAUAUUUACGGAAAUCUCCCCACUAAUUUCUAAAUUUUCUAUCUCUAUAUUUAAGAAAAUAAGUCAGGUUAACAUGGAGAAGUUUUGGUUGGGCUAUUGUUUCAAUAAGAAACUUAUGAAGAAAUGAAAAUAAAUUUAUUGCAGUAGAAUGCCCAUUAUCCUAAACAUCAUUCAUGUAACAAUAAAUUGCAUUCUAUGUACUUACUUUUUAAAGGAAAUCAUUAAAAGGAAUUUAUCUUCAUUUAUUUUGUAUAUUUAGGGACACAAUGAUAAGAAGCUUGGACAAACUACAUUCCUACCCCUAGCUGAAAAGAUGACCAAGAAAUAUAUUCAAGAGGACAAAAUAGAAGCUGAGGCAGGUAUGAAAAGUUAAUAUAUCCAGAAUUAAAAGUUAAUCUUGAUUGACCAGAAUUGCUCAUUCUAAAGCCAUCUCCCCUACCCCACUCAUAAGCUGAUCAUAUGCCAAUGAUGAAAUGGUGCUUGUGAUACAAAAACAACUGAAGAGUGGCACAAUCUGCUUCCCCAAUCUUUGUUUUAUAUUAUGAGGUAAACUUUGUCGGAAGUGCAUACAUUUUGUUUGAGAUUUGUUUUAAUAUAUAUUCUGACUUGAAAUCAUCUGGGUUUUUUUAAUAUCUCUUUCAGAAAUACUUUUGUAUCUCAUCAUCUUAGAGCUACAAGGGAAAUGGCAGGAAGCUUUGGAAAUUCUUGAAGGUCCUCUUGGAGGUUUGUCCAAAUUAUAUAGUAUAGGAUACUAAGCAAGGAAUUACAUUUCAGUUAUUUCUACAGUUUUUGUACCAGGGUUAUUUAGAAUUAUAAUUAAUUGUCAGUUUUGGUGUUGAAGCAGUUUAGGUAUAAGCUCCAAAUUAUUAUUAUUAUUAUUUUUAAUCAUUUGGGACAUUUGGGUUGGUCAUGCAACAUGUAGACUAUAACUGCUGGCCUGAGCUUAUGGAUUUUAAAAUCUUUAAUUUUUCAAAGUGUGUGCUAUGCAUGAGUCCUACAUAGUGCUUCUAUAGCUUUUCAAUCACACACUGAUAUCAUCUACUGUGAUGCUAUACAUUUGUGUGUGUGUCACGCUGACUUAAAAACUUGUAUCUAAACCUCCCUACAAAAUAUCUGCAUUUGUAACCUAUCAUUACAGCACCCAUGGCCAUUGUUUACAAAAAAUGUGUUCACUUUAUUAAUAUCAAUGACAUGACACUUAAUGAUGUUUGGUAAAUAAACUGACUGGAAGUGGGCCAAAAAGAAAAGCUCUUUUUACAACCUGUCUCUAGGCAUUGUAUUCCUCUCCUUGCACAUAAGUAGAGAUUCAUCUUACAUUCAUGCAUAUCAAAAUUAAAAUAUAUAGUAUAUUGUAAAUGGGAAAGAGGAAAUAAAUGCAUCGCUAAAAGCUAAGUCAAGUUAAAGCCCAAGAGUACAUGAAGAAACACAUUGCCCCACUCCCUGGAGUAUCAUUUCUCAACCUUUUUUUGCCUGUGGUCCACUUUAACAUUUUAUUUAGCUCUGUGGUACCACUUUCCUCUUAUUAAUAUAAAAAGGGGCUCAUUUUACAUAUUUUUAUGUCCAAUUUUCUAAGAUUUUUGUGACCCUCAAGAAAUUUUCUGUGGCCUGCAGGGGGUGGGGUGGGGAGGAUAAAGCCCACAUUGAGAAAAACUGCUCUAGGGACUAAGGCCCCUCAUCCCGCUUUUAAGCAAGUUUGGCUUCUGACCAUCCUGCCUGAAAUAUUAAAAUAGCUCCCUUUCCAUAAAAAGUUUUUCAACCUCUGAUUUGAGCCAGAACAAAAUCUGAUAGUAGUUAUUUAUACUUCUGGAAACUAUAUGCUAUUAUUUAUUAAUUUUCUUUGCUUUUGCCAUUUACAUUUUUAUGAAUGAUUUGGUAUUAUUAAUCAAUUUGAAUACAUUCAUAUCAGGACAACUUGGCAAUGAAUUAAACCUAAGAGAAACAAGACUAGCUCAUGUCUGCACUCAGAUGGCCAAGUGGGACAAAGUCUUCAAGAUAUACAAAGACCUUUUGAAUGAAACGUAAUAUUUUAAGAAUGAGAAGUUAAUUAUUAUCUUUUACAAUAAUUGAAACCAUUUCAUUAAGGCUUAGUCAUUGUUAUUUAAGUUCAUAGUUUUUAAAUAUGAAAUAUUUUCACCUCCUUUCAGACCAGAUGACUGGACGUUUUGGCUUAAAUAUCAAGAUGCUGGCUUUCAUAUGGUGGAGGAACAUAUAAGUGAGAACAAGAGGUUGGUUAUGAAUUUAAUAAUUUUAGGUUUUAAUAUAAAUCAUGACCUCUUUAAAAAAAAGUUAUUAACUCUAAAUCUUUAAAAAAAAAAAAAAUUUUAAUUGGUUAUGAUUUUAGGGCAUCUCACAACAAAAUUUAAAAAAACUUCAAAUUGACCUAGUCUUCUAUUUUAAGGCAAAUUUAAAGUAAUUAGUCUCUUCACUAUGUCAUUAAUUCCAGCAUAAAUCAAGGAAAUGUCAAUAUUUAGGAUCAUAUCAGACCUGUUUACACUUACGAUUUUGGCGUAUAAUGUACGAUUUUGAGGUGUAUGCAUUAAAUAUGCUGUAUGUUUAUUUUUUACUAUUAAGAUAAUGUAUUGAAUGAUAUUGUACGAUUUUAAGAGUUUGGGGGUAAACAGGUCUGCCAUAUUUUAAGAUUUACUGUUUUCUGAUUAUUUAAAAAGAAAUUGAACUUGAUUAUUGAAUAAACUUUUAGUUUUAGAAUAUGCUAAUCAAGUUUAGUAUAUAUUCUUAACAUAUCUUUUUGUGGUUGAUGCUAAGAAUUAACAAUUUUUCUCUUUUUAAUAAUUGAGACAUUGCCAAUGACAAGAAAUGAAUAAUACAUUUAUUGAAACAAUUUUAUCAGUGAAUUGUCAGACAGCACUUUGAAGGAAAUGGAUAGCUUCAUAAAGGAGAAAAUUGCAGCCAUGAGUGAUGGCGUGCUAUUGAGGGGGCCCUAUCUUGCUCAGAUUGAAUUCAGGAAGCAGCUUCUGAAAAGAAACUGGAGUUGUCUGGAAUCACAAGGUAACUGCUGGUAAUUUUAUUUUAACAUUUUUACAUUCUCCAAUACAGUGAUAAAUAUAAAUUUAUGACACUGAAUCAAACAUUUAUUUCAGAAGAUAUUUUGCGAUUGUUACAAGAUUAUUAUGACAAGUUUGGUCACCAUUCUUGCUGCUACAGUGAUAUGAGACUGUAUGUGGACUUCCUGACCUCUGAAGAAGUAGACAAGGUAUUUCAAGCCCAUUCAUUAAUUCUCAAUAAAGUUUAAAAUUGUUACUUUAUAUAAAUAAAAUAAUUGUUGUUAUAUUUUAUGCAAAUAUAAAUUAUUUUCAAAUAAUUUAUCAUAUUCUUAUAUCAAUUUCUAACGAGUUUUUAAAAGGUAUUUAUAUUUAAAAAAGUAAUUAAAAUUUAAAAAUAACAGCAUUUUCGUAUAUUUCAGCUCAUUGAAUACAUGAAGACAAAAGUUGGACUAGAUAAUACAGACGAUCCUCUACAGUAUCCAGACAAUGUGCGGUUUACAUAUGUUUGGUAGACAGUUUUUCGAAAAAAAAUUAUUAUUCUGUAAGCUUGUAUUAGUAUUAGAAAAGUAACCACAUCUAUCUGUUGACUGAAUAAGAGGAACUACAGCUGCCUAAUUGUAAGUGUUAUUCAUUGGUUUUAUCUCUUUGUUCAAUGCAGGUCAAACAAAUGACAAGACACCUUGUGUAUAUUCAACUGUCUAGAACCAUGGGAAAACAUAUCAUACUUUCAAUAGAUAAUGCUUUAAGACUAUCUAAAGAUCUCUUGUUACGGUAUCAAGAUGGACUCAGGUUUGGUAAGUAUUGCAAUUGAAAAUGUAUAGCAUUUGAUAUUUUUUCUCUUUCUAAGUUAUGAUGGCCAAUGAUUAAUAUUGAAACUCAAGGAAGGUUUUAUUAAGUUGAGGCAGAACAUAAUACUCUGUCCAGAUAUGAUAACCAUACAAUACUAUACCAAUUGUUUUGUGCUGUCAAAAUGUUUCUUUAUUAAUUUUUAAAAAUCUCUAUAAAAAAUUAAUUGAUUUCAGAAAAUUUUGGAUAGAGAAUAACAUAAGAAAGGGCUAGAUGAGAUGCAUUGCUUAUUUGCUUACAAUUUGUACUUUAAAUUUCUAAACAAUAAUUUUUUAAUCAAGCUGCUAUUAUAUGAAGUUAAAUGCAAAUUUAGCUGUCUUAUUAGAAGAUAUUAAUACCAGACUGGGAAUUGAAAUGUAGAAAUUGCUUUGACUCUAGGAAAGGAUCCUCCUCUUUUGGUCACUGACCUACAGUACAGUGAUAACUAUUUAUUAUUGGCUGUCCAUCUACUUUUGGAUGUCUGGACAAAGACAGGUAAUCUAUAUGCAUUGAAUUUUGUAAAAAAAAGUAUUUUAUGAGUAAAGAUUUUGUGCUGAUUCAAGCCUUAAUAAUUUUUUCAUGAUCAAAUCUUGCAUUUCUUUUCCUUUAUUGGACCAAGUUAAUGAAAUAGUACCUUUAACAUAAAGUGGGGGGGGGGGUUAAAAAAAAAUAAGUUUGAGUAGUCAUGUUACAAUUUUAAUUUGACCUACAGGUGAUGACAUCCAUCUAUGGCGAGCCAUCGUACACUUGGAGUUGGGUAUCAGAGAAAGUAAAUCAAACUACCAGAUUAAACUUUUACUUAUCAGACUCUACUGUAUCAAAGGUAAAUCUAAUUAAUACACAGCUGAGUUUAAAAAAAACAAUUUUUCUUUAUUGCGCAAUCUAUUUUUAAACAAGGGACAUCAAACACUUGUCCCUUAUCUCAUGAUGAAUUGAACAUUGUUUUUGCAACUAAUGUUCCUAUUGACUUCUGUCUCAUUUUCAUAGGUACCUUAUCUAACUUAUUGUUUCGACUUAAUAGACAUGAAAUUUUGUCUUUUUCUCUAAAGAUAUGUUUUUUUUAUUACUAUCAGGUGUAUUCGGCCCAUGUCCUAGCUUAUAUGAUAGUAUGGAAAUAAAGCAUAUCAUGAAUGAUACAAUGGGGUAAGAAGAUGUACUAUUCUCCUUUUUUCACCAUAGUACAAUAUAUUGUAUAAUGAUAUAUUUUCACUAAACUUUUCCCCCUAAUUUAUAUUUACCCUACGGACAUACUUACUGUUUUAAAAUUUAAAAGUAAUAAAUAAAAACAUAAUUGAAAAUAUAUUGCGAUUAUAUUUUUUUUAUUUCUUUUUUUAGAUAUAUUGUCUCUAAUCAUGUGAUACGGUUAGGUCACUUCAUGGAGGCUGGAACUAUGUAUAAUACCUGGGUGCGCUUUUUUGAUAUUAAUCAAAAGGAGGUUAGUAUGUUACAUUUCUAGUAAACAAUAUAAUUUUUAAAAAUUUGAUGUUUGCCAAAUUUUUCAAAUAUGACAUUUCAUGUCAGGUAAAUGGUAUAUCUUGAUUCCAAACUGAUAUUAAUCGUAUGUGGCAAACUGUUGCCAAUUGGCAACAUUAUCCUUGUAAGGGGCAUAUAGAAAAGUUAAGAGCUAUGUAGCCUCAUUAUUGCAGUGUCCCUUUGCCAUAGUCUCCCCUACCAUAAAAAUGCAAACUCUUCAAUGAAAAAAGUAGUUAAGAAAAUAUUUUUGGUUUAUUUUUUAAACACAAUUUUCAUGUUAUUGUAAGUUUUUAAAAAUGUAAUAAUUGUUUAUAAAAAUAUCAAUUUUAAAAUACAUAUAUUCAUCCAAUCAUCAUAUUUUAAAAGUUUUACAUACUUUACUAGAUUAAAAAUGGAAUGUGGCUGUUUUUAACUGAAUAAUUGUUUGGUUUGUAUGAAAAAAUCUGGAGCUCUAAUCUCUUACAUUUACAUACUCUACUUGCUUUAAUAUAAUAAAUUUUUUUAAAAUUACCUUUAUUCUUUGCCUAUUUCAGGCAUCAGAACAUCUGAUGUCGUCAUAUAAGUUUGGGUCUUUUGGCAGAGUAAGUUCUUGAUGCCUGCAUAGACUUAAGUCACUUUAUGGAUUAAAUACUUCUUAGAGAAUAGUUUCAAUUCUAUGUAAUGUUAUUUUAAGCCUCCAGCUGCUAAACCUUAUAUAUUUGGGGUUCUGGGGAAUAUUUGCAGAUAUAAAAGUGGACACAUUUUAAAAAUUUUAUAUCAUAUUAAUUUGAGUUAUUCCAAAAAAGCUGACUGCAGAUAGUUAUUGAUUACCUGUACUAUAUUAUCAUUCUGAGAAAAUGGUACUGUAAUUGUAUCAUAUGACUUGGAAGAUGCCCACUUCCAUUCCCCUUCUUUUUUGAAGGACUUGAUCUAGUGACCUUAUAUUUUAGUUUACAUGUGUUUUAAACUUGAGUUAUCACCUUUAUUUCUGGAAAUGUUGGACUGUUGUUUUAAAUUAUAAAUGUCUUUAAAAACACAUAAAUAGUAUAUUAAUAAAUUCAAAUAUUUACCUUUCUCUCUGUUUAUUUUACUAAGCUAACCAAAGUUCAAUAAAUAAAAUCUUUAUUAAAAAUUUUUUUAGAUUCAGGAGUUUGUUGAGUUUCAAGAGCGACUAGACAAUGCCUUACAGUAUCACAGUGCCAAGACAGAGAAAAUGCUUCUCAAUCUCAUUAUGCAAACUGAUCGCCACGAGACAACUGAGACAGCUGUAGAGUCCAUGAAUGUCCAUCCACUGACUGAUACACGUAAGUCUUAAGGCAACAAGCAGUAUGUCAUCUAUAUUAUACAUUUAUGACAUUAAAUGCUAUGACAUUAAAUAUAUUACAAUUUUCUCAGACUGGGUAAUUUUUGAAUGCUAUUAAAUGAAUGAAGCUUCACCUUCAUGGAAAGACUAAAAUUAGCUUCUUACAUCUACAUAAUAUUUUGACAUUGCUAAUCAAACUCUUUCUAACUCUGAAUUUUUAUAAGCUAAUGUAGAAGUUCCUGAUAACAUUUUGUAGACCAUUUUUAAGUUUAUUUUACCAAACCUUAUUAUAUAAAAGAAAUAACUGGCUGCUUCGAAAUGACCUCCUCAUUUUAUUUUAGCUGUUGACCAUUCCAAACUUCGUGAUAACAGGGAUUUGACAAUUUCUCUGUCCUGGGAUCCACCUAGUUUGUAAGUAAAUAUUGUAGUCGUAAAGUAAUCCUCAAGUGUUGGGCUUAAAAAAUUCACUUUAGACCUUCAUUAGAAUCAAUUGGUUUCAUUAUUGGCAUUCAUCUCUUUUCUGCCUAGUGCCAGGUCAAGCUUGGGAGUCAUUGCUGGUUUAUGAAAUUCAGUGAUUCUAUAUCUUUAAGAUCUGUUUAAAGAUAAAACUUUGGCAUUCAUAUAGCAGACCUGUUUACUCUUAUGAUUUUGGCGUACAAUGUACGAUUUUGAGGUGUAUAAAUUAUAUAUACUGCACGUUUUUUUUCUAUAAAGAGAAUUUAUUGAACGAUUAUGUGAUGAUAUUGUACGAUUUUAAGAGUUUGAGGGUAAACAGGUCUGAUAUAGUGUCUUGUGCAUUUCUUUCGACUUUGUAGAAGACUAUCCUACCUUUUUUUUUCCCCCUUUACUUUAAGGAAAUUUUGAAAGCUUUGAAUUAGCAAAUGCUGAAUUAUGUGAGAGAGUAAAGUACUGUUAACUAAGAAGUUCUUAAAAUGCACUGAAAAAAGAAUGAGCGUAAUCAGAUUCCUGAUAGUCUUUUGUUGGUCCCAGGGGGUUGACAGGCAAACGUAAAUGUUCAUUAAGUAUAGUUUUUGAUUUACAUUUUGAAAUAACUUCUAAAAUGAAUAAAAUAAAAUAAAAUGUGCACAUUGUGUAACUUAAUUUUGUCUGCCUAAGGAUAUUAUUACAAUAAUUAUUUUGUUUUUGCACCAGACUACUUCCAGAGGACAAUAGAAUGAAGUCUGUAGAAGAGGAGGUAGGUUUGCUACAUGGUGCUUGAUAAUUGAAUAUUUCUUUAGAGCAAUAAGAACAAAUAUUGUUACUUGAACUUAAUUAUUUCAAAUAAAUAAUAAUUACAUUAAAAACAAAAUUAACAGUUUUUCCAAUUACAAGAUGGUAGACUGAAAAGAAUCAAGAUUGCUUGAUUAAAUUACUCACUCAGUUAAAUUUUUUAGACUCCUAAAAAUAAAUAAAUAUAUAUCUGGUGGAGUUUUACAAAGUUCUUUAGAAACUUGAAGUAUUGAGUUUGAUGAUUUGAUGUAUCUAUUCACUCAUCACUUGUUUCAGGAGUCAUGGCUACAUUUACGCUGGACACUACUACAUAUUUUGCUAUUAGCUGUGAUGGUUGGCAGGGAUAUAACAAACAAAUCAGUUGUCAAUGGCAACAGUGAUUCAGGGGAAGAUCACAAAAAAGAUAAACAAACUUCACUAGAGUUACUUAAGAAGCGUCUAGAUGAACUUCAGAAAUAUGCCCAUCAAUGUGAGAGAUUUAAAGAGCCCAGGCAGGUAAGGGUUAAAGAUGAUUAUUAAAAUUAGAAAUAGACAAAGAAAACAAAUAUAUUUCUCAUUUUUAUAAAAAAAAAUCAGUUUUUGCCAGUGAGUUACAUCUUAUGAAGUUUUACCAUUUUUAAAGGCUUCUUAUUUAACAAACUUAGAAAUUGUUGAUCAAGUAAGUGGCAAUAUUUUUUUUUAAAUCUUUAUUUUUCCAUAGUAUCACAUAGUUCAAGGUCCAUUCAGAACUAGAAUUUCAGAGUUUCUACAAGGCCCCCACAUCAGUGCCAUAUCAAUAAUGGUGGAUUGUGUAGAUUAUGUAUAUACCCUUACCAAGCUAGGCUUAGGUAAGUCCUAAAUCCUUUCUGUGAACUUGUUACCUCAGUCUUGUUUAUUUGAAAAUUUAUCCCAGUAUAUGAUCAUUGAUUAGGCCCUGGGUAUGACACUCUUACCAGCUGCUGAAGCUUCCUUACUUAUGCUAGAAUAAAAGAGGCAGUAAAUGUUACGGCAGAAAUUUAUAUAUCAUUUUAUCGAAGUUAUUUGUCUCAACAACCUAUUACAUUUAUUUCAUUUACAUAAUAAAUAUAAUUUGAGUUUUCUUUGAAACAUUAAACUUUUUUAAAUGCUUAUUUUGUUGAUUUUUACUGUUUAAUAAAAUUUUUACCGGUACUUACGAAUCAAUUUUAAAAAAUUGUUUAAAAACUAUUUUAAAAAAUUGUCACUUUUAUUUUCAUUGAUAAAAAUCAAUGAUAUUAAACUUAAUUUUUUUUUCCCAGAGGAAAGUAAACCUGAAAAAGAAGAAUGCUGGACAAGAAUGAAAGAUUUUUCAAAAAGUGAGACAUUAAAACAAAAUGUUUGUACUUAAAUUUCUUUACCAGGUUGUUACCAUCAUCUUGUGUAUUUUGAAUUAUUUUUUCAUGUUAUAUUUUCUUCCAUUUGUUUUCCUAAUUCACAGAUCUCAUCAUUCAAGAUGUUGGAAGCCUUAUUAAAGAAUCGAAUGGUAAAAGGCAGUUAGAUUCAUCAGGAUUAGAACAAUUGGUAGCAUCAGUUGAGGUUAGUAAAUAGAGUACUUCCCAUACUUUUCAGCAAAAAAAAUAAUGACUGUUGAUCCUGUUUUUAUUUAAAUGUUCAGUAUAAUCUUGCAAUGGCAUACACAUAAUAUUAAAGCAGAACAAUGAUUCAAUCAAACUUAAUUAACAAAUCUUUCAUUAAAACUUCAUUUUAAAUUGGUGUUGAGAGAAUUGCUAUAUUUCUUUGGAGGUAUUUAAAACUCCCAUUUUGAAAAAGCUAACUAUAUUUAUAAGUUUAAUAAAAAAAUAAUUUCAAUUAUAUUUUUUUUUCUAAAUCUAUGGGUUUUACAAUUAAUUACGUUAAAAAAAUUCGAACAGGCACCUGCAUCAAUUUUAAUUGCUGCUGAUAGGUCAUUUAUAUAUUUAUAUUUAAAAUUAGUAAUGCAUAUUAAUAACUGGCUUUAACUUUCAGAGUAUAUCUUAUUUGACCAUAUUGUCUGGAGUGUGCAAUAAAGGAUUAAAUCAUCUGAAAAAUAACUGGACUAGAAAAUCAAAAAAAGGCAAAAGCCCCCCUGCUCCACAGGUAAGUUUGAGAGGAGUUAUUAGGAUAAUUUAAAAAAAAAAAAAAAAUGUAUAGUUUAGGUUAUAUUUAUAAUGUUCAGCUUAAUUUUGAUUGUUAAAGAAAAUUUAAAUUGUAGCCUUGCCACUUGUUUUCAAAAAAUUAAAUUUAAUUAUAACUUUCAGCCUGAGACGUUUGUCAAUUUCAAUGCCAUGAUAACAGAGUUGUCUGCUGUGACCAAAGAACUUCAUCAGAUAGCCUCAAGUCUAGACCCAGUGUUCACAUCUGUGGAUAUUGCCUCCUUAAGGCUUGCAGACAUCCCAGAGGAAGAACAGGUAGAACUUAAAAUUACCUACCCAUUUUAUUAAAAAUCCUAUGAGUAUAAAUUUUAAGAAUCUUUUUGGCGCCACAUUCGCCAUAAACAGCAGCUUAUCACUUAAAUGUAAAAUUUGUAUGUUAAAAACUGCACUUAAUACUUGUGUGCUUAUUACUAGGUACUCCAAACCAAUUUUUCAAACUAAACCAACAUCAUUUUUGAGUGUUUGAGAUGAAAGAUAUAAGAAUUCUAAGAAUGUGGAAAUUAAAUUUAUGACUUUAUGACCAUUAUUAAGAAAGUUGUGCUAUUUGAAAAAAUUUACUCCGCUGCUUACCUUUUAUGAAAUGACAAAGACCCCAUAUUCAUGAGUCAUUAUUUUAAAAUGUAUGUCACCUACACUCAUUUCCUUUACAAUAGUUACACAAUACUAUACAGAAAAGAAAUAAAAUAUUUUUCAAGAGUAUGGGAAAUCAAACUAUUGUUGUAAUUUACUGAGGUAAAGAUGGCAUUUCGUAAAAUUUUCAAAUUUUACCAAGAGAGGCAAAAAUCACAAAAAUUACCUAUUUUAAAAAUUCACAAAAAAAAGUAUCUAAUUUACUCAGAAACAUCAUUCAUAUAUCAUUUAAAAGAGAAUCAAAGAUCUAGACAAGUAUGCAAAUAAGUACUUCAGACCAAUGCAAAUUUCACAAACAGCAAAAUGGUCAAGGGGUGGUAAUUUAUUUCAAACUUUUUUACAAAUGUUUCAAAAUAUACAAAAAAUAAUAAAUAACAUCCUAUAUGUUUGAAAUCACUUUGGAAGGGAAGAUAAGAGUAGUCUUCAUAUAAAAUUAGCAUACCUGACACCACAAAAUACCAUUGAAUAAUAUAAACAUUUGACCAAAAAAAUUGUUUGUUGGAAUAUGACUUAAACUCCAAAGGGCUCAACACAUAAACAAGAUAAAAAAAUAUAUUUUACAACAGCAAAAUACAAAUUUAAAAAAAGAAAUGUGCAAAUUUGGCAGCACAAUCUGGGUGGAUAUUAGUAAAUAUCACUAAAAAUAAUAAUUAUUUACAUAUUACUUUCAUUCUGAAAUAUUAUUUUGAGUAAAUUAGAUAAAUGGAUAAUAUUUCCACUUAAUUUUAAGUUAUUAGAUUUAGUGAUGAUCUUCUGUAGAAGAGAAAAAUAAUUUAAACACAGCCAUUCAAAAAGUCAUUCAAUGGUCUCUUUGUAGAUUUUAAAAAACAAAAUUUGUAAAAAUCAAUAACAAAGACAUUUGGUACUCCCUCUGACUAAUGUUGACACUUCAAGUGAAAAGUUGAUUGCUCUCUUUGUUACUCCAAAAGAAGAUAGAGUGCAACUUAUGCAAUCCAUAUCUAAAGUUUGGCUCAGGAAAAUAGCUAUGUCCUAAUCUUUAUGGUCAUUCAAUUUCCUCAGAACUUUUUGAACCAUGGGUCGGACGUUAUAUCCUCCUUUGAUUUGAGCAAACCAGGAUUCCAGCUAAAAUAGGAAUUAAAAAGGAAAUGCAUGACCAAAAUUUAAUUUUGAACAAGGAUACUAUUAUGACUUUAAAAAUAAAAAUAGUUUGCAAUAGCUUUCAAUAAGAAGUAAGUGUCAUGAUCGUCUAUAUUAUCACAGUCACUUCACAAAAUGUUCUCUAUUCUGAAAACACUAGCACUUCCACUAUCAUGCUAGCUAACCGCCGACUCUGUCCCUAUCUCUCUAAAAUAAUUAACACACUGCCUUUUAUAUCCCUAAGCAAAAAAACUCUACACACCAUAAAGCUCGACAACAGGAACCAACUUCAAGACCUACAACUCACAAAACAAUCUCCCCCCACAAAACAUUCAUGCCCCUAAAUCUAGUUCACAACAGUAAUUACCUGCUCCCAUGAUUUGUCAUUGGUUUCUCUUAAUGUGUACAACUGAACAGUUUUUUGCCUAUAACUAGAUGGGGCAAAGCUGUCUUCCUUUUCCACUAGCCAGAAAUGUUUUUGUAAGGCAUCAUACUUGUUCACCAGCAGUAGAAUAUAGAAUACUCACAAUUUACAAAUUGUAACAUUUUACAUAGUUUUUUUCUUCAAAUUUCAAUUUAUUUAAAUAUUGCUGGUGUGGACAUGACAUGAAUAUAUAUAUAUAUAAACAUAAAAAACGUAACAUUUUAAAUAUACCAAUUAAAGUUAAUUAUAUGAAACCUUCAUUAAUGACGCUUAGAGCACCACCACUCAGCUUUUCAGUUUGAAAUUGUUUACAUUACCAAUGCAAAACUAUGUCACGUGACCCUUUCUUAAACUUAAAUUACAUGUAGUAACACAAUAUUUUUUUUUUUAAUAUUCAAAAAUAAUAAUAAUUUGAAGUAUCAUCUAAAACUUAAAGUUUUCUUUUGUUGGAUAAAAUAAUGAGGAAAAAAUAGAUUCAUUUUUAAAGAUGGUUGGGAUAGUAUACAAACUAAAUUGACUUCAUGAUGCUGAAUGACUGAAAAUUCGCAAAGUUGAGGUGCACUAAUAAAUCAGUAAAAUAUAAAUAUAUAAAAAAUACAUACAAAAAGCAUAUGAACUGCAUUUUUAAACCACUGUAUUAUUUAGUCUUUAAAUACCUGCUAAGCGAAGAAGAUCCGAUAAAGCAUAAUUUUCUGUAACGACUGUCGAGUGAGUCGGUCAUUUUCUGAGCUUCAGUCCAUGCCGCGAAAGAUCGGUAAAAUGAAAAUUUAGAGGUUCUGUUAGGGCAAUAGGAAACGGUCUUGUAAUACUUCAUAUUUUAGCAUUGUUUUCGUAUUUUUGUGUAAAAAUGGACCAGCAAUCUGCUCAUUUAAUUUAAAAAGCUGAAUUCGUCUCAAAUCCUAUAGAAAUCUCAACAUUUCUCCGAUAAUUACCUUUUUCUUUUUACAUUUCUAGUGCAUUAAAUACAAUUUUAUAUGUACUAGGUUAAAAGGUAUUCACCGCUGCAUGCAUGAGAGUAAAUUCUGAGGUCAUUCGUAAAUAGGGUAAAAGCUCAACACGAUUGAGACUACUGGGGUCAUUCAACAUUUCUUUGGUUGCUUUUUUUCAGCUGCAGCGUGGAGCAGAGCAUUUGGUAUGGAACAAAGUAGAACAUAGCAUACAGCAAUCAUCUCGUGAGAUCUGUGAAGUCCUUCACCACAAACAGUUUUAUCUGAACACCUUAAUGCUCUGAUUGUUAUGGACAUGACCAAUCAACCUGCACCAGUCAUUGUAUUCCAAGAUUCAUCCUAUUUUAAGCAUAUUUUCCCAUUGGCCUUAACAGUAUCACCAAAAUAUUCCAAAGGAAAUUUGUUCCAUUAUUACAUGAGAACGAAUAACACUCGAAGUAGGAUCCCACAUGAAAUUUUAACUGGAUGUUAAAAAAAAAAUAAUAAUUAAUUGGUAAUCCAUUGUCACGUUAUAGGAUAUAUGGUCUGAAACUUAUGAGCAAAGAAUAUGCGGGAUACUGUUUUUAAAUUUACUAUCGAUAAUGAAUACUUGGGAUAGCCAUUCCUAUGGUUAUGAAUAUUUUUGAUAGCCAUGAGACAUUUCUAAUGUCAAAGAGAUGCAGAAAAAUUAAUGCAGAAGAUAAAUGUUUCCUUAGUUAUUUUACUAGUCCACUGUGUUUUAGGUUUAAAACUACAAUGAUUGUGCCAGUCUAUUUAAUUGCAAGUUGCAACAAUAAGCUGACUGGCAUCAGUCCAACUAAAGCAUGUUAAGUUUAAUUUGUGUAUGAUUCAUGAUGUAAGAAAAUGUAUAUAACCUGAGCUUUUUAGUUUAUCAGUUUAAAUAGGUCAAAGGGCAAUAGAUGAACAGGCCUGUUUGUGUUUCUUGUCUUUAAAAAAAACAAAAAAAAACUUGAUGUAUCUGAUGUUCAUGAAUUGAAGGUUGUAUUGUAUACACCCCAUCCUGCCAUGUAGAUAAUGAAUACUUCUAAAUGAAAUUGAAUUAUGCACAGUUGAAACUGGUCUACAACUUUGGAUGGAAGAGAAACUGUCUAUGUGCAUAUUUUUUCAAAGUUAUGCUGCUGUUGGAUUUUAGUAAAGAGUUAAGCGGCUGCUUAAA